AUCGCAACUGGGCGCCGGCGGUAAACCGUUAACCAGGUUUUAAUUGCGCGGCGUCUAUCAGGACGGUGCUCUACGCCCCGACGCAAGCCAAGCUAGAGCGAGCGCUCGUCUCCAGCAAAUGGCAAGCACAAGGGCACAGGGAGCAAAAUGCAGCAGACGGGAGGGGGAGAGAAGAGAGAAAGAGACAAAGCAGGCGAGGAGGAGGAGGGAAAAGAGGAGGCUGGAGAGAGGAGAGGAGAGAGGAAUGGGCUGGUGUGGCUGAGAUAUCAUGGCCCAGUGGGGAUGGAGAUCGGUUAGAUGUUGCUGAUUCCCCAGUCCUAACCACUGUCGGUGCAAGUGGGCGAAUCCCGCUGGUGCCAAGCAGCGCGCCUGUGACCGGGCCGCCCCCUGGCGGCCCCUACAGGGCCAGGGCGGCCUCUGGCAAGCGCGGCGGCUGGGGCCGACGAAGGCGGAGGGUACAAAGGGGAGGGGUGGAGGAGAUAUAAGGAGGAUAGGAGGUGCGGAAAGGUCGGCGUGUGGAUCCCAGCGGCCCAGGCCCUCGCCGAUGACGGCCAGCCGCGGCUGCUGCGCGCUGGGGAGUGAAACAACAUGUUCGACCCACGAACCCAGAAAGGAAUUCAGAAAUGUAAGGCAACGCAACGUUUCGAAAAUACUUCCGCAGGCCCUCUUCAAGUCGAGGCCGGGGGGGUAACCAACUAAAAAAGAACCCUGGGCCAGAGUCCUGUCCGGGAAAAACAGGCGACAACGGAGCUGGAGCAAUCUGCCGCAUGCAUAUGCGCACGGGGAAACCAGAAGCAUCUAUCGCAAGCAGACAGCCUCCAGCAAGACGCGAGGAAUCAGUAACGGAGGAGGAAGAGGACAUCCAGGAGAGGAGGAGGAUAUCAAGAGCAUUUGAAGAAACCGCGGUCGAGAAUCUCAUGAGUAAUCUCCUCGACGCGAGGGGCCGCAUGUCUGGGCAUUUCAUGACGAGUAUGAGAAGGAUGCGACUACUACAACGAGAACCACUCGCGCGCUGCCGGCUGCUGGGCGUCGCCGCUGAGCUCCGCCGGCUGCCCCGACCCUGAGGAGGCGCUGUUGCUGGAAGCGGCACUGCCAACUGCAUGGCUGCCGCCGUCCGAUGCUUGCCGGGACCCUGCCCCGACCCCGUGCAAGCGCUCGACGAGGCCCUGCUGGCGGCCGCCUUGCCGGCACUGCCCUCCCCGGGGCACGGGGCAUCGGCGGCGGCCGCCGCAAGGCCGUCGCCCGCAGAACCUUCGGCGCCACUGGAGGCGAAGUCGGGGCCGUCCGGCGGCGCGGCCGCCGCGCUGUCCUGGGCCUGUGCCUGCCGCUGCACGGCGCGGCGGCGCCGCACGACCACCCGCAGCUCCCGCCGCCGCACCGUCUUGUUGUUGUUGGGACCGCGGGGCUCAGGCUGCUGGUCAUCAUCCGGCUCUGGCUGGGGCCGCAGGUCGCUGGUCGCAUUUGCCAUCGACUCCGAAUCCUCGGCGCUGGAGCUGCCGGUGCUCCAGUGUCGGUGGUACACCUCCUGGACGCCCCACGGGCGCUCAGACCUCGAGCCGGGCGAGCUCGGCCUGCUACUCUCCGUGCAGGUGGGGCUCGUGCUGGUCGGCACGCUAGAGGGGUUGGCCAGCACAAGCACGACGUCCUGCGGCGCCCCACGCGUCGAGGGGCAGGCCGUUGAGCCAGAGCCGCGCCCAGACCGCCUGGAGUCGAUGCGCCGCGCCGGGCUGCCGUCCUCCAGGGCGAUCUCUGAAAACACGCUCCUGCGUCGUCGGCGGCGCCCGCCGCAGACCGCGCCUGUUCAUGAGGGAGGCGACUGUUCAUGAGGGAGGCGCGGUUCACCUGCUGGGCGCGCCUGUUCUUGAGGGAGGCGCCCGCGAAGGCGAGACGCUCUGAGCCUGCUGUGCGCAACUGGGAAACUCGCUCGCGGGCCCCCCACGCUCCGUCGCCCGUGCGAACUCGAGGAUGCUCGAGCCAGGGCGGCUUGCGCAGAAAGAGAAGGAGAAGGACGAGGAAGUCGGAGGAGAAGCCACGGCGUAUCGAAGGCCGUGGCGGCGCGCCCCGCCAUCAGGGAGCCAGCCGCGACAAUACUGUUUUCCCAUGCAUGUCAUCUCUCAUAUUACUACGCACUUCCUUCCCUCUUACAUCUCACAGAUUCCUCCGUUUCUCAAUCGUGACGUCAGAACUGCCGCUGAUCGACCAUGAGACGCCUUCAUCGGCGACCUUGCGACGACAGUUAUGUCAACCAACAUAAGCAUGGCGAGCGACUCCAGCAGCUACACACUCAGUCCCAGUACAACUCGGCACAAAAGAAGACAACGCGACCGCCGUACACAUGUAGUGCGCGCACACAGGGCUACCAAACAUAUUACUACUCAGCUCAAGACUAAGCGGGAUCGGGUGGACAUAACUAUCAAAAAGCAUGGGCGGGAUCGGGUGUUGUGCGUCAUCUUGAUAUUAAAUUACAGAGUGCGAAUAGUUGUUCGAUCGCAGCUCUGGUAGCAGAGCGAUCUCAGACGUCUCGAUACUGUAAGUGAACGUUCCUGUGGGCUGCCACGCAGCGGAGCGCCUCCGCCGCUCCAGUCUGGCCAGCGAAAUUCAGGAAGACCUCCUCGGAGCUCCUGCCCGCGGAAGCGGCCGCUGGGGUCGGAGACGACGCCUCGGAGUGGGCCGCAGCGAAAUCAGCGAGCUCUUGCACAAGGUCUGGGUGCCUCUGGGCGGCAGCACGCCAAAUGUCAGCCUCGAUGGCCCUCGACGCCACGGCUUCCGCCACAGCUGCUGCCAGGACGUCUUCCAAGCACUCGAGCACGACUUCGAAAUUGUGGUUGGCGCACUCCGCGAAGCUGAACAACAGGGACUCACUGGCGGCGGGCGAGAUGACAGCGCGCAUGCGAUCCUCGGGCGCAGAGCUGGCGCCGCCCACGAGUCAUAGGCAAUGCCGCCUAUCCGUGGGGCUCAGAAGGGCUGACAGGUGAGGCUGGACCUGAGCCACAGAAGCACGACGAGCGCCUGCAGCAGCGAACAGGGUUGGCGGUGCCUCCAAGAUCGGGCAUUGCCCGACCACGAAGGCCCUGCGAGCCAGGGAACGCGUUGCAGGACGCAUCAAGAUGGCGAAGCGACGGAGAAGAACGUGCACACGGGGAAGCAGACUCUGAGCCCGUGGCUAGAGCCAAA